GGAAAGAGUGGAAAGGGUGGAAAGGGUAGAAAGGGUAGAAAGGGUAGGUCUGUCUGCACGCUCUGUUUGUUAGUCUAUCUUUCUGGCAUUGAUUGAUUGUACUAUGUAUCUUGAAAGGCAAAUCAUCAACUUCCGAUCGUCCAUUUCUAUUUUUGCUCCGAUUUUGGUUCAUAUUUCAUAGGUAGUCACAUUCAUAUUCGCAUUCAUUCAUUCACAUUCAUAUUCAAUUACAUACCUUACUUAAUCAUCCAAACCUUUCCCCUCCCCUCCCCUUCCCUUCCCUUCCCUUCCCUUCCCUCUUCCAUUCGUUACAUCCUCCACCUCUCUUCUCCACUGUCGACGAAUCUCUCUCCACUGUCAUUGUCAGUUUCACGCUCACUUCCAUCGUCAUCAUCAUCUCGUCACUUUCGCUUUGGUCCCUUUUCUUGUUUCUCUCUCUUCCUCCUUCGUAUAUACUUUCCCUUUUCUUUUUCGAAUCCCCAUAUAUUCUUCAUAAACUCCUAUCGCCUCGUCGAGAACGUACGAUCUUCAGCCAAAUUUGUUCAGAUCGACCUUGGGACCAAACAAACGUCUGGUAUAGCUUUCGAUUCUCCCAACUCCAAUUAAUCUGCCUACGGAGAUUUCAAUCCCUGAAUUGGAAUCACCUGCACCACGUCAAGAUCCCUCACAGAUCUGUUAUUGAUCGAAUCCCCUUAUCUUCCAUGAGAUCGUGGGGUUGAUCCUGGGCCCAGUUUUGUAAACAGAUCUACCCCAUAGCACGACUUUUGGGAAAUCUGUUCAACGUUCAUUCUGUUUCCAGUAAAACUCUCAAUAUCAUGUCAACGCCAAUCCAAGAAAAGGAACAAUUCUCCUUUCCAGCAUUCCCAGCCGACCCUCACCAAACUCACCACGAGGAACCUUUUCGCCAGGAACGUCGCUCGUCUGACGAAGAUGGAACUUUGGGAGACGAACAUCCAUACGAAUAUCGUCAUGACCAUCAUGACCAUCAUGACCAUCAAGAUCAAUACGCUGACAACAAUCACUUGAAAGUUGCCACGAGUUUUUCCCAUGACCCGGAACACCUGAGCAGAAGAGAUCAAUCGCCCUUAUCUGCCGCUGCACAAAGGGAGCAGUCACGGCGACUUGACGAUGACCUUGAAAUGCUUCGGGUAGAACGUGUGAUCUCGAAUGAAGAAAAGGGUGAUGGCAGCAGUAUGGGUAAAUCAAUGAGGUCGAGAUCCAGGGGGCCUAAUAGAGAACCUAUUGAUGAUUUCGACGUUGAUACUACCCCUAUACAUGAGAAGACGAAAAUAUACAGACCGCCAGCACAUCCGGCCACAUCACUUGCAAAGUUCUUCAAAAAGGUCCACGGCUCUAGCGUCUUGGUUCGAUAUUUCGUCUACAUCACGCCGUUGACGUUGCUCCUCUUAAUCCCUGUUUUGUUUGGACUCCUUCUUUUCGAAAAUGCCACGGUUGGGGGUGUCAAGCUCUUUUGGUUUGGUAUCUGGUUAGAGAUUGUUUGGUUGACAUUAUGGCUUGCAAGAAUUAUUGCCAAAUGCAUUCCUUAUCCAAUGGGAAUCGUUUCUAGCUUAUUUACAAAUAAUAACAAGAAAUGGAGGGAUCUAGGGAAAUCACUAGAGGUUCCAGCGACUUUGUUCUUUUGGUGGCUGGCUGUUGAAAUUUCCUUUCUCCCAACCAUGAAGAACCACCAUCUUAAUGGAAACAAGGGCACUCGCAGUUGGGAAAACACCUGCAACAAGAUCAUUGUAUCUGUGCUUGUCGGAGCCACCUUGAACUUUGUCGAGAAAAUCAUCAUUCAACUCAUUGCCAUCAGUUUUCACUUACGAACCUACGCCGACAGAAUCGAGAUCAACAAAUUUCAAAUCCAGAGUUUAGUAAAGUUGUACAAGUAUUCCAAGGAAAAGAUUCUUGAGAAAGAUGAGGAUUUCAUGGACCGUAGUGGGAACGCAGGUGGCACAGCGGGUGCGCGUACUCCGAUGGCUUAUGUCAACAAGGCUCAGAAAAAUGCGAAGAAUGUCUUUACCAAGGUUGGAGACGUAGCUGGUAAAGUAGCCGGAGACUUUACGGGAAGAGCUGUAACAUCAAGUACUCACCCACAUCAAGUAAUUCUUCAACUUCUCAACACGACAACCGGAUCUCAAGUACUUGCUCGAAGACUUUACCGAACCUUUGUGCACGACGACAUGGACACUAUCCUGGCGGAGGAUCUAACACUAGCUUUUGACAACGAAGAAGAAGCUGAGGCAGCAUUUGCCAUGUUUGAUAAAGAUCUGAACGGUGAUAUCUCGAUGGAGGAACUCGAAACAGUUUGCGUUGAAAUUGGACGAGAACGCAAAGCAAUCACCGCUUCCCUCAAGGAUCUGGACUCAGUCGUCAGCAAACUCGACGAUAUACUCUUAUUCAUCGUUGUUGUCAUUACCAUUUUGGUAUUCGUCUCUUUGAUUUCUACUUCUGCAUCUGGUGUCUUGACAUCAGCUGGCUCUACUGUCUUGGCUCUUUCUUGGUUAUUUACCGCAACUGCCCAAGAGUUCUUGCAAUCCAUCAUCUUCGUUUUCGUCAAGCAUCCUUUCGAUGUUGGUGACCGAGUUACAAUCUACGGAAAUACUGGGGCCAAGUUACAAGGAGAUGAUUAUUUCGUGAAGGAAAUUUCACUUCUCUUCACCGAAUUCAAAAAGAUGGAAGGUCAUGUUGUACAAGCCCCGAACAGUUAUCUCAACACUCUCUUUAUCCUCAAUCAGCGUCGUUCAGGAGGUCUCGCCGAAGCGGUUCCUAUCACCGUCAAAUUCGGCACUUCCAUCGAGCAACUCGAACAACUGCGCGAAGAACUCGUCAAGUUUGUCAAAUCCGAAAAGCGCGAGUACCAAGGCAAGAUCAUCACCGAAGUAACAACCAUCUACGAAAACUACUCCAUCACCUUCAACGUCGUCUUCUUCUACAAAUCUAGUUGGCAAAACGAAUUAUUGCGUCUCCAACGCCGCAACAAAUUCAUCAUCGCCAUGAUUUGCGCAAUGGAAGAUAUAGGAAUCCAAGGUCCACGCCAACGUCUCGCAGGUUUCACUCAAGAAAACCCCGUCUUCCUCAAUGGUUCCUAUCCACCUCCCUACAACCCCAACCCCGAACCCUCUGAUUUAGGAUCUGGACCAGGUCCCCGCUCAGGAUCUCUCGCCCGCGAAAACUCACACAUGGGUGAACACGAACCUCAAACCGGACCCCAGAACGCCCCAGGCGUCAACACACACCCCUCCAUCCUCCGACGCCACGUCUCGGGCUCCCAAUCCAACGUUCGUCGCCGCGGCGAAUCCCUCUCCGCAAUGAACAAACGCGUCGAUUUCUCCCUCGGCAUGCAAGGCAUGUCCUCAGGCAUGGACCUCGGCGACGUCUUCGACGACAAACCACGCGUGCGCGUCCCCGACGUAACCCUCACCUCUGCCUCUCCCGGUCCUCACUCACGAACCAGCCGCGAAAAUCAAUCCCGAGACCGCGAGGAGUCUCUUGCGCGGCAAUCCACACGGGAGUCCCGCGACUCGCAACUCGCACAGGUCACGUCGGCGAAUAGCACGCGCACGCAUCGGAAUCGCUUCUUCUCGCGCGGAAGAGGGAAAUUUUCCGGUGGAGGUGGACCCGUGGAUGAAGAUGGAACGAGUUUGGAUGAGCUGGAAUCGGGAUUGCAUUCGCAGGGUAGGGAUAUGCAUAGUCGAGACAUUCACAGUAGUGAAUUGAGAGAUAUCCCCGAAGCAUCGGGAUAUUCGACGGCAAACGCAAGUCCAGGGGGGAGAAUUGAUCCGCGGUCCGGAGUGGUGAGUUCGCAGGCGGUGCAGAGUGAUAGUGUGAGAGAUAGGGGGGAUUUGCCGACGGCGGGGAAGAUUGGGGGACCGCCUCGACGGGCCUUUACGGGAAUUUAGAUUAGGUUGGGAAGAGGGGGAGGGGGGGUUGUAUAGAAUAGAGAGGAGGGGAGAGAAAGAAAAGGAGAAUUCAUGAUAUUUAGCGGGUGCGUGCGUGCAUAUAGAAGAUGGUAUUUGAUUGCGAACGAGCGUUGAGCAUAGAUAGCGAGGAACGAGAUUCAAGAAGUCAAGUAAGGAAGAAAUCCUACAGGCGGGCGAAUUUAUGAUCGAUAGAUCGAUAGAUGAUUUUGAAAUUUGCAUUGGCAUUGCCAUUUGCACAGCACGAUAGACGAUAGAGAGAAGGCACUUAGGGCAGGGCAGGUAAACAAUUACCUCGUACCUACGAGCUUAAGAGUAAUGAAUUAUCUUAAUUUCACUGUUAUUACA